AUGCCUCUAGCCAAAGACCUCCUCCACCCUGCGAUUGAAUAUGAGAGAAGACAACAUAAAAAGAAGAGACUUGUUCAGAUACCCAACUCCUACUUCAUGGACGUGAAGUGCCCAGGCUGCUACAAGAUCACCACUGUGUUCAGUCAUGCACAGACAGUGGUGCUCUGUGUGGGAUGCUCAACAGUGUUGUGCCAGCCAAAAGGAGGAAAGGCCAGACUGACAGAGGGUUGCUCUUUCAGGAGGAAGCAACACUAAAGGGGACCUAUGCUGUCAAUCAUGUCUGUUAUGAAGUCAUGCUUUUCAUAAAUCCCUUUUUUCCUCUUUGAUUACAAUGUGCUGUGCAUUUAAUGACAAGAUGUGUCAUUGUACAGAUGUCCAGCUUUUAAGAUAAAUUUAUAGACUUUUAGUCGGAACAUUUUUAGAAAGAUACUUAGAAGUAAAAUCUCAUUCAGAUAAUAAAGACAAACUCA